GCCUUUGGCGAGGCAAAAUGGCGGCGGUGGCGCUGGGUUGCGGUGGGGGUUGGCGCCGGGCGUGGCGGCGCGGACUGGGGGGACUGGUCUCCGUCCCCGUCCCUGCCCUUGUCCCUGUCGCCGUCGCCGUCCCCGCCCGCCGCCCCCCGCGGGUCGUCGCCCGUAACGCCGGAGGUGGGGCGGUGCUGGCGGGGAAGAGCGGUCUUGCUCCAUGGGUACCAGUUGUGGGUCUGGAAAUUCAUGCACAGAUCAGCUCCAACUCAAAACUUUUCUCUGGUUCCCAAGUCCAGUUUGCAGCACCUCCUAACUCUUUGGUAUCUUUCUUUGAUGCUUCUUUACCAGGAACUUUACCGGUUCUCAACAGGAGAUGUGUAGAAGCAGCAGUGAUGACAGGCCUGGCACUCAACUGCAGCAUAAACAAGAAGUCCUUGUUUGACAGAAAACACUAUUUCUAUGCAGAUCUGCCUGCUGGCUAUCAAAUCACUCAGCAAAGAAUUCCUAUUGCGGUGAAUGGGAGUCUGUCAUACAGUCUCUGCAUAGAUAACAAAAUGAGCCAGAUGGUGACCAAAACUGUGAGGAUUAAGCAAAUUCAGUUGGAGCAAGACAGUGGAAAGAGUCUCCACGAUGAUUCAAGGAGCCAAACUCUUGUUGACUUGAAUAGGGCUGGAGUCGGCCUCAUGGAGGUUGUCAUGGAGCCUGAUAUGUGCUGUGGGGAAGAAGCAGCUGCAGCAGUCAGAGAGCUUCAACUUAUUCUUCAAACACUUGGGAGCAGCCAGGCAAUCAUGGCAGAGGGUCAGCUGAGAGUGGAUGCCAAUGUUUCUGUGCAUCACCCUGGAGAGCCUUACGGAGUGAGGACGGAGGUGAAGAAUAUCAAUAGCAUACGGUUCCUGGCAAAAGCAGUAGACUAUGAAAUACAGAGGCAAAUUGAAGAACUGGAAAAUGGAGGAACAAUCCUGAAUGAAACAAGAGCCUUUGAUUCCAAGCUUGGGUGCACUGUACCAAUGAGAGACAAAGAAGGAAUGCAGGAUUAUCGGUUCAUGCCAGAGCCAAAUCUUCCUCCAUUGAUUCUAUAUGAUACUAAAUCUUUGCCAGCUAAUGUGAACCAUCAGCAAGUGGUAAAUAUUGAUUGGAUUCAUGAGAGACUUCCUGACCUCCCCAGUGCGAAGAGAGCAAAGCUUGUUGAGCUGUAUGGGAUUCUUCCUGAACACAGCUUCACCUUAGUGAAUGAAGACGGAUUAACAGAAUUCUUUGAAAAUGUGGUAAAACAGACCCAGAUGAAGCCAAAGAAAGUCAUCGGCUGGAUUUUAAAUGACCUGCUGAGUUACUUAAAACAACAUUCCUGUACAGUAAAGGAAAGCCCAAUCAGUUCUGUUCUCCUAGCUGACCUUCUGAAUCUUCUAGAAAAAAAAGAAAUUUCUGCUUCAGCAGCAAAGCAGGUGUUCGAGGAACUGUGGAAGGGAGAAGGAAAGACGCCUCUUGAAAUUGUUAAGGAAAAGCAGCUUCAACUGAUAGAGGAUCGAGAGGAGCUUGAACAGAUCUGCCAAGCAGUGAUUGAUGAACACGAAAAGGAGGUUAUGGCGAUAAAAGCAGGAAAUCAAAAAGUUGUAAAUAAGUUAAUUGGACUGGUUCAAAGAGCAACCCAAGGCCGAUCCAAUCCUGUUCUGGUGAAGCAAAUAUUAGAGAAGAAGCUGUCAGAGUAGCCACAAGGGAAAACUGCACAGUUGUCUACAGAAGAUACGCUUCGUCCUGUGUGGUUCACUGCUAACGAACUGUGGUGUCUCCUUGUGUGGCAGCAUUACAUGCCCCAGAUCAGUUAUACUGCGAGGAGCAUUACUUUCUUGCCUUCCCCAGCUGCGUCAGCCAAAGGCAGAUGAGUGAAAGACCACCUCAACAGAAGAUGGAGUUGUUUACAUGUCCUCCACUUUGGUGGGGCAUUCAGAAAUGUAAUCUACACACAGCCAGUGGGAACAAGUUCCCAGAGAAGUCUGUGAGUAUACAGAGCGUAAGUUGUAUUCAUUAGUUUUGUAAUAAAGCAAGUGUAAACUG